AUGUAAAUAAAGUCUAAGUUUAGAUUCUUUGAUAUAGCUGCUAAUCUUACAGAUGAUUAAUUUUAUGGAAUUUAUCAUCAUAAGAAAUAUCAUUAACCUGAUUAUAAAGAUGUUAUGAAAAGAGCAUCUGAUAUUGGUUGUGAACAUUUAUUGAUUGCAAGUGGAUGUUUGGGUGAUUUGAUUAAGGCAAGAGAAUUAUGUCAAUUGAGUCCAUAUUAUUAUACUACAGCAGGUAUACAUCCUUGUCGUGCAGCUGAACUUAAUAAAAAUUAUUAAGGAUAUAUGGGUGAUUUGAUAGAUCAAUUAGAAUUGGCACUUAAAGAAAAGAAAUUAGUAGCCAUUGGUGAGUGUGGAUUAGAUUAUGAUAGGUUGGAAUGGUCAACUAAGGAAGAAUAGAUGAUUGCUUUUGAUCCACAUUUUGAUUUAGCUGAAAAAUAUAAAUUACCUAUGUAUCUACAUAAUAGAAAUACAGGAGAUGAUUUUUAUAAUAUAAUGUAGAAGAAUAGACAUAGAAUUGUUGGAGGAGUUGUGCAUUCAUUUACUGGAUCUUUAGAUGAGUUAUAAAAGAUCUUAAAUUUGGAUCUCUAUGUUGGAAUUAAUGGUUGUUCUUUAAAAUCUUAAGAUAAUAUUGAUGUUGCUAAACAAAUUCCUUUGGAUAAAUUAAUGUUAGAAACAGAUUCACCAUAUUGUGAAAUUCGAAAUACUCAUACUUCUAGCAAAUUAGUUAAGACAUAAUUCUAAGCUUAAAAACAUGAAAAGUGGAAAGAAGGAUAAUUAAUUAAAAGUAGAAAUGAACCUUGUAAGAUAAUCUAAGUACUUGAGGUGAUGUCAGAAUUAUUAAAAAUUGAUUAGGAGAAAUUGUCAGAAAUUUGCUUUUAAAAUUCUUUAAAAUGUUUUGGUUUAGUAUGA